ACAAAUGCCAUCAUUAUUAUUAUCCUCGAUGAGAGGCGGGCACGAUAGGAGGAGGGCGGGGCAGCCAGGGCGCGUGCCCAGUAGGAGGCAGGCGGAGAGGUGAAGCAGGAGGAGGAGGAGGAAGAAGAAGAAGAGGAGAGGAGGCCUUGGUUUGGGCCGCAAUGACCCUCGGGUCGGCGCCGGGGACUGUGGGGGAGACGCCCCCGGGACGGGACGGGACCCCCGACGGCGACGUCUGCCGCCUGGGCUCCCACCAGUGUUCCCGCUGCCUCAUCACCUUCCCGGACGAGAAGUUCCAGGAGCGGCACAUGAAGCGGGAGCACCCGGCCGACUUUGUGGCGGAGAAGCUGCGGGGGGUGCUUUUUGUCUGCUUCACCUGCGCCCGCCCCUUCCCCUCGUCCCACGCCCUGACGGCCCACCAGCGCCGCCACGCUCUCUCCCCCCGCGGCCCCCGCUGCGGCCCCCCGCAGCCCCCCUACCCCUGCCCCGACUGCGGCAAGGGCUUCAGCAAAGCCUUCAACCUGCGACGCCACCGGGCCGCCCACUGCCGGCCCCCCGGCUCCGCCUCGCCCGCUCCCUUCUCCUGCACCGAGUGCGGCGAGGCCUUUGAGCAGGAGGCCGGGCUGCACGAACACUACAUCCGCCACGCGCGGGGAGAGCUCUGAUCGCGGGGUCCACGGGGGGAGCGGGCGGCGGGGGGGGUGCCGGGGACGAGGACCUCCGGGAGGGAGCCGCCCACCUCCGAGGCCGAGGUCUGGCGCCAGGCCCCCCCCGGUUGAGGGCAGAGAUGGCAGAAGGGGAGACCCCAUCCCACCCCGGGCCCAGGACGGCUCCCGACGAGGGGCCGGGCCUCCACGCUCUUUUCAAAAAAACCCCACAAAACCUUUUCCUAAUAAACUAUAGUUAAACCCAAACCAUUGCACGUGUUGCACCGGAAUGCAUUUCUGCUCUGCCUCUUCCAGGGAGGCCGGGUGCAUUCCGGAGGGGCGUCAUCCACCCAGGUGCGCUGGGAAUUGGGAUGGCAUCUCCUUUGCCCCAGAGAAUGCGGGGUGCGGCUUCCUCUCCCUACCUGCUGGAAAGCGGGUGUUGCUUGCCCAAAUGAGCCCCCCGCUUCAUCAAAGCACAUGCUGGGAGAUAUAUAUCCUAAAUCCUAAACGGCCAGCAUCCCAGUCUCCUCUGCCCUUCCCAAUCCAAGAGAACGUGGUUAUAAUCUGAGAUUUGGAGCGGUUCCUCCCCCCUCAAUAUCUCAUGUAACUUCUAGGGCCUUGACUCUUCCUUUUCCUCUUCAUCAGUCAAUAGCACGGGGCUGGGGGUCCAGAGGACCUGGGUUCUAAUUUUUUUUAUUUUUUUAAAGGGUGUUGGUUGUAUGUUUACUGUCCGCUAAGCACUGAACUAAGUGCUGGGGUAGAUACAAGUCAACCAGAUUGGACACGGUCUGUGUCCCUCAUGGGCUCCCAGUCUUAAUCCCCAUUU